CUUUGUCGAAGUGAAAACUGAAAAUUAUUAGUAUUUCGAAAUGGCCGAAGCUGGUGCGGAUGAGGAUCACUGGCGAUGUACAGAAUUCCGCCUAAAAGUUAUUUCUCAAAUGUAAGUAUUCUUUAUUAAGCGUAAGAUAAAAAAUUUCAUUUUCAGAUGAUCUUUUCAAAGUUUCAAAUUAUUGUGAUUUUUUAAAUCUAUCGUCCGUGGCGUGACAACGAAGUGGCGCGCUUUUCUUCCCGGCAACUUAUUUGCAUCUCGUUGACUAACAAAGUGUCUAAUGUGUUUGCCUCGUUCUUUAAACCAUUUCAGCAAGUAGCCGGAUAUUCUGAAGUUGCUUCCUUGUUUUUUACUUACAACACAUUUUUAGAUUUCUAUUUCCCAAUCGCAAGUUACAUAAUUGACUUACAUGUGUUGAAUCUCUCUUGUCCCUUCCCGCUUUAACAGAACAGUCAAGGCACCCGUCAGAUAUCUAAAUUAGAAAAAUCAAACACGGAUUCUGGGACUCGUGAUUUCAGAGGAUUUUUGAAGCGGGACACGAAAUGGUUUUUUUUGGCAGGGGAAAGCUUAUUUUCGUGACGCGGUGAUACAGUACGGUAUCUUUGGUGUCCGUGAAUCGUGAUGUGCUGGAAAACUGUUCUGUGAAUCGUGAUUGAAGUGCACUUCGUGAAACGUGAACUGCCAAAAUGCUAGAAAAUUAUCUGAGAGAGUGCUUUUGAUGUUAAGAAAAAGAAGCCUAGGUUAAACUUUAACCCUGGGUUAGCACUAACUGGCGUUUGAACAACUGGGCCCUGGUGGCUUGAUUUAACUUCACGUUUGAGUCUUUUGAUGAAACUUCACACUUCAGCGCACUCAGACCCACCUACAGCUGGCUUCCCUAGGGAAUUUAUAGCUGCGCAGAGAUCACCCAACCAUGAUGCCGAGAUCAAUGGUUAAUAAUAUUUUUUACACUAUUGGUUUCGCAAUUCGUGAAACACAAAGUUGUUGUUCAUGCACUCGUGACACAUCCCCCUCCCCUCGUUAUUAGAAUAAUGAUUCCAUUUUUCUAAAUUUGGCAAAGAGCUUUCAUUUGAAUUUGACACAGGCUAUUCAUUCUUUCCUUGACACUGUCAGUGGUUGUUGUCCCUGGUUCUUAGUCCUCAAUGAUGAGGACGUCUGGACCCUUUGUGAUACAGUUUUUGGUAGUGUAUCUUGAGGAUUGGGAUUAACUAAUAAAAACUGCCAGGAUGGCAAAACUCUGGGGCAAAUUUUGGUCAGGAUGAUGGGAUUAAAGUGACGCCCUCUUAGGGAGUGAUCAUCCUCCCUUGGCGAUAAUAAUUUUUAAAAUGCACCCUCUCCCCCACCUCUCCUAGACCAAGUUUUAAGAUUAUUAGUUUUACUCUCCUUUCUUCCUUGGACAGUGACUCCAUAAGUUAUGAUACCAGGGGUACUUGCCGUUUACAUGGGAAAACCGGAAAUGCCGGUUGUAAAAAUCAAAUGGUUUGUGCUGAGACUUCUGAAAAUAUGGGCUGUGAUUUGAGGAAAUGCACUUUUACACUUUUAGUGUGCUCAGCUGGUUUGAAUAUACUUUGUAGUGAGUCAUAAUCUUACAGCUUCCAAUUUUAUGGUUCUUUGGCAUGUAUUUUACUUGUUUUAAACUUUCUAUAAUAAUUUUUUUUUUUCAGUGAAGAGGCAAUGAAGAGCUCAAAGGAUCCAAACAUGUUCAUGAAAAGCCCUACUGAAGUGGAAAAUGCAGUGUACAACAAGUCUAAAAGAAAGGUCUUCUAUAGUUUGAUACGUUUACAGCAGUGGCAACAUUCUGUUAGAUGAACUGGGAGAACAACCAAAUGUUGUUUGUUAUCAAAAUGAAAUAUGCACAUUUGUGUGUAAUCCAGCAGACUAAAAUACCCUUACAUCUAAAGUUUAUAUAGCAAAUAACCUAGUAGAAUUUGAAAGCACAACCAAAAGAUCCAGUAAAAUAUGAAAAAGUUACUGUGAACUUGGAAAAAUUGAACUUCUUUAUCAAGUGUGUGAUAGAAAAUAACGUUUUGAAAUGUAGCCUGCAGUGCAGGCGUUUUCAUCGGGCGCUCGAAUGGUUUUAAUCGCGAAAGCGCCAUGUUGAAACUCCCCAUCUUCCUCUGUCAUAAAAUCAAAGAUGGCGGCUUCAUCAUAGCGAUAUGAUUAACAAACUUUCACCCACCCAAAAUAUGCCUGCAGUGCAGGCUAUUUGAAAUAGCACAUUAGUUUUAUUUAAAAAAAUACUAAUUACUGAAAUAAAGGGUGUUUUAACAGGUUAUCCUGUAGCUUUAUGGUACAUUAUUUUAUAAUGUCAAGAAAAUGAUAAAUAACCUGGUCACUUGUGGCAAGCAUAGCAAUCAUUCCAGUGUGAGCAAAUCACAAAAUUUUGUGCAAGAGAAAAAAAAAGAACCUUUUUAGAAUGUAGUCCAGUGAUCUCAAGUGUGAAAUGUCAAUUUUGGAGAAUCAAGGGGUAGGGCUGCUAACUUUUCUUUUCUUCCCCUCUCUCACUCUCCUUCUCGGCAGGGAAAUGUUUUUAUCCCAGCUUGUUUUCUACUGUCGGUUUCAUGUAUAGUUUUAGUGUGUACAUGUGACAAAAAACAUGUUCUGGUGCAAAGAUGACAUGUGUGGCCUCCAACCAUUUGAAGUUUGAUCAAGUUGCACAGACAAGUGUUUAUGUGCAAAGUAGGUCAUUGUUCGGUGGCUUGAAGCAUCUGACCUGAUUUGUGUCCUUUCAACAACAGGUUGAGUGCAAGGAUUUAUAAUGGGGAUGUUAAGAAGAAGUUCUACAGUUCAAGUGUGUUGUUUCUGGAUGAGAAAUGAAAGUCAUUCCCAAAUAAGGAGCAGAAUGUGCUGAUCAAAAUCAUAACAACCUUAAUCCUUGGUGUGAUGGUUUUCUUUUUAUGGCCGCCAAACGUCUGAUUUUUGGCAGUGAAACAUGUAUUUUUCGCACCCAUUAGAGCAUGUUUUUUUGUGACACGUCAACACUCAGAUGCAACUGAUAGUAAUAACAGGCAUUUGUUUGAAACCCUUGUAGUAUCAUUAUUGGAAAUGUAUUUUAGUAUUGGUUCAUCAUAGUUAAAGUGCUAAACCAUUCUGCAAGCCACUGUCCACCACCUGUUGAGAUUUAUAUGCUUAUCUUUUGAUUUGCUUCCCUUUCAGUUUGACUACCUUUUUUGGACUGCUUGUGUUUUGGUCUCAAUUCGCAAUAACCUUAUGAGUAAGUGUUAGUUUGUUCAAUAAAUGAAUGAGUAUUGAGUAAAGGGCUCUUGAUGGUUGGAAUUCCUGGGGGUCACUCCAUUAUUUGGCCUAGAGGGUGUGUACCACUGAAAGGGUGGGUGUGGUUUUCAGGGUUUUGAGUCUUAAACAGCUUAUAAUUAUUACAAUUUCACUGUUUAAAGUCUUGAACAAGGAGACUGUUUGGACAAGGCAUGAAGGUUGACAAAGUGCAAAAUUAAAUUAAAACAAAAGUUUGUAUGAAAAACGAAUUGAAUCAGGGUGUACAAUAAUGUCUCUUAGCUUAAAGACGAUCAGGGUUUGAACGCCUAGACAGGGCACCUCCACACAAACUUCCUCAAGCUUCCUCCUCUAGCUGGAGGCUAAGAUAAGGAGUAUCCCAAUAUUGUUAUGGCAGCGGAAACUGGGAAAUAAUAAUUCUAGACAAAUUUUUCAGCUCAAUACCCAAAAUAUGAACCCAUGAAAGUUCUGGGACUUGCAGGGCUGGGGUUUUCUGUUUGGAGUCUGGUUAUUUAAAGGUAUCAGGGCCUUUUUUGGAUGAAGAGAAUAUCCCAACAUUUACAAUGAAAUCAGUGGUGAUACCUUGGGGUGGGUAUGCCCUCAUAUAGGCCAUAUAUGUAUGUGCCGCCCCUUAGGGUAUGGUUUUUGCACUGUUUUGGUCUGAAAAUGUGUAUAGAGUUCACCCAUUUUGGUCUGGAAUCAGCUAUGGGAACGACUGGAGUGUAUUAACGUAUUUGUUGUUUCAAUUUCAAAUGAAUAAGAAAGAAAGAGUAAUAUGGGAAUUAAAAAUAGAUUUUAAGAAAUCUUUGUAUUGGCGUUCUAAUCUAAGCAAUCUUGACACAAUUACUUAGAGGCCAGGUCAGAAAAUGGGUGUGGAAAAUGACAGUUUUUGGUCUGGAAAUAGGGUCAGGAUUUGAAGAACCGGGCGGCAUACCCUGACCAAGAAUUGUCAAGUGUCCCCCCCCCCGCCCCGCCUCGCCCCUACGGAGGAUGAUACUUGCUGACUCCCUGGAGAACUAUUACCAGUGCUUUACCCCGCAUACUACUUUACCAGUAGUUUUAUUUGGAUUUUGUUUUUCUCCAGCUGAGUCUACUAAUUCAGAACAGCAACGGCAAAAAGAAGCGGCUAACACGCCUCCACAGAUUGGCAUGACAGCUAGAGUUAGAGAGAGUUCUCCUGGACAGUUACCAAUGCUGCAUAACCAACAGAUUGCUGAAAUGCUUGGUAGUUCACUACAGGAGGGUGAUUUGAAUACAACGCGUGUGACCGAUUCCGUGAUAAAAGGUGACUUGCAUUCUAGGGAAUUUCACAAGAAGGUUAAUUCUCAAUUCAGUGAUGUAAGGAGAGUAUCAAAAAAGCCAGAUCAUUCAAGGAAAGAGGCCAAUACUUUGGGAAGUAAGUUUUAUUCCGAAGCCAAGUCGGAAGUGGAUGGCGUGACCUACACUGUACGUCCUCUUUCUUUUUGUCCAGAGGCUGGAUUGUCUGAAAGCGGAGCACUCCACACGACCUCACAGCGUGGUGAAAAACCUCAAGUCUCUGUUUUUCCAACUGCUGUCAAUAGUGAUUGGCAUUCUUCGUCCUUCCGUCAAAAGAUUAUUUCUCGAAUUGCGGAAGUUAAAAGCAGUUUGGGGGGCCUAAGUGCGGGUAUGAAGGAACCAAAUCAGUUGGAAAAUGAAGUCUUUUGUAAGGUUAAAACUAAGAAAGAUUACCUUGUUAAUAUUGCUCGUGUCCUUGCUUCUCUCAAAGAGGUUAAGUUGAAUGCAACAGCACAGCAGAACACACGAUUGCCAAACCUGUCUCCUCAGCAUUUUAAAACACAAGACAUCAUCAACAUCAGGGUAGUGCAAGAUACUAUUCAACAAGUACCUAAGCAACAUUUCUCCAGCACAAAGCUUUCUACUUCAUCUCAGUUAUCUCACCCUUCUGCAGCAGAGAAGGAGCACUUGACAACCACUGAUGACUGGCGAUCAUUAGGGUUCCGUCAAAAAAUUAUCUCUCGCAUUGCUCAAGAGAUGAAGAAGUCAAAUGAUCCAAAGUUGUUUAUCAAAAACCCCAAUGACAUGGAAAGGGAACUGUAUUCUAGAGCCAAAACCAGAACGGAAUAUCUAAAACAUUUUUCGCGCCUUAUUAUCUCUAUACGUAAACCUAGGUCUGCUUCAACAGUACAACUGUAAUUAACUAGUUCAUAGCAGUACAUAACUGA